UGAAGUGCCACGAAAAAAUAAUCAGUUCUAUUCAACUGUGCCUAAAGUAAAAUCUAAAAAUUUGGAAUCUUCAAAAGCAGCUCUAAAAUGUCGAUGUACUUCAAUACCGAAUGGGGCUACUUGGAGGCCAUAACGCGGGGCUUUAAGAACGGAAUGCUUAAGCAUUCGGACUAUCUGAACCUGGUGCAAUGCGAAUCCCUGGAGGAUGUCAUGAUCAGCAUUCAGGGCACGGACUACGGCAAUAUCUUUACGGGCGAUAGCCAUCCGAGCGUCGAUGUUAUUGAGGUGAGCCUAAGGGAUCGCCUUCUCCAGCAGUACAACUACAUUCGUGGACAUGCCACGGAGCCCCUGACUACGUUUUUGGAGUACAUCCGUUGUCCACACAUGAUUGACAAUGUGGCUUUGUUGAUAGCCGGCCUGAACAACCGGAAGUCCAUGAAACGCCUGCUGAAGAUGUGCCACCCUCUUGGAUUCUUUGACUCUUUGGCAGCCAUCGAGGUUGCCUCUAAUUCGGCAGAGCUCUUCGACAUGGUUUUGAUCGAUACGCCCAUCGCAAAGUUUGUUGCACCGGAGCUGAUCAGUCAAAAUCUGCUCUCUAAUGAUGUGGAGGUUGUCAGGGCUACCUUGUAUCGGUACUAUUUGGAGCAUUUUUACAACUAUUGCAUGAGUCUGGGUGGUACAACCGCCACUGUGAUGGCGGAUCUGCUGGCCUUCGAGGCAGACCGCAGGUCCAUUACCAUUGCCGUAAAUGCGCUGCAAAGCGAUAUGAGACCGGACGAACGCAUGAGAAUGUUUCCCAGCUGUGGGUAUCUGCCCCGAGCGGCCUUGCAUGGAAUGGCAACCGCUCCUGAUACAGAAAGGAUACGGGAAAUUUGCAAUUCAUUCGUGACCUACGGCAAGAUGUUCGACAACAUUGAACGCGACGUCGACGGAAUGAUCACCCUGGAGGAUCGCUUCCUCAUGGUUGAAGCCAAGAAGAAUGUGCAAUCGUAUAUGCAGCAGUUUCAUUUUGGGGUCUUUUACUCCUUCAUCAGACUUAAGCAGUUGGAAUGCCGGAAUAUAGUCUGGAUCAGUGAGUGCAUUUCUCAGCGUCAGACGGAAAGGAUAAAUGCGUUCAUUCCAAUACCUUUGGACUGGUAAUUGCUUUACCAGUCUCGUAUCUGAUCUAUCAUAGGCAUCUUAAUACAUAUGUCGUUUAUUUGGUUUAUUGAUUGCUCUUUAAAGCUUUCUAAAUUUUGUAUUUUACAAAUUAAAUCUUAGUUUAUUGAGCUUA